AUGCGGCGCUGGAAAUCGAUUCGACCUCACGUGAGUAAGCGCUUGGUUAGCGAGGGUGACGAUGCAGAUAACGAUGACGAGGUGGUUAAGAGCACCGCUGUGGCCCCUUCUGGUCGCUCACCGUCUGUGUCUGGCCAGCCGGAUGACUUUGGAGGCUAUGCAGCCCUGGGCUUUGGUAAAAAGACUGCCCAUGCGAGGGGUAUCUCGCCACACUUGCAGCCCAAGUCGGGUAGAAGUGGAGUGGGGUUUUCGCCCAAGAGAACGUGGGAUAACUCGUCCCCUGGUAGAGGGAGCGUGGAUAGUUCGCAUUCGAGCACGCGUAAAGACUCGGCCGCCGCCAGCCCAACUAGUAACCGGUCGGCUCAGACUCGGGGGAGAAACACCCAGCACACCUCAAAGAAUACCCAGAGAACACAAAAGACGAGUGCAGCAGUGGGUUGGGAGAGUGGUGCUGGCGAUGCCUGGGACGUUGUGGACGAUGAUUGGAACACUCCUGUCGGUGACCAGGGUGACGAUGGAUUCGAGCCGAUUGCCGUAGCGCCCACGAGCAUCAAGAACGUACGAUGUGCACGGAAACCUACCACCGACGAUACCAGCGGUACAGAUAGUUCUACAGGAAUAUUCGCCACCUCGAGGAAGGGUCCUCGUACAAAGGUAGAUAGAGCAAAGGUGAGGGGGAAGCGUGCUGAGAGAAGUGACGGUGUGAGCGACGCGAUAUUCGGCAAUGGGUCAGGAGAGGGUGUGCAGGAUGAUAUAGCAGGUGCGACAAAGGCGGAUACAGUUAAGGCCAAGGAGAAGCGUGCGCAGAGAAGCACGGAUGUGAGUGACACACCAGCGAAUGCAAGUGACGACAUCAUAGACAAUGAGGCGGGUCAGGAUGUGCACAGUGAUGCGGCACGUGCGACAAAGACAGCCAAAGCCAAAACGAGGGACAAGCGUGCGGCGAGAAGUGCGGCUGUGGGCAGCACACAGGCACAGCAUGCGUCGAUUGACGAUGGCGCUGGGGAGGAAGUGCUCGGUGCUGCAGUGGGUCAGACGACGGGGGAUGUGAAGGCAGAGACAGUUGACUACAGCGUGGAGAAUGAUGUCGUACAAGCGCCUGUUGGAGAGUCUGCUCAAGGCAAGUCUGAACAUGUCCGCAAGGCGAAAGGCGAGAAAGGCGCGCGGAAAAAGCACACGCCGAAAGGGAAGGUAGACGCAGAGGGGCAGGCGGUACAGCUAACUGAUACUGCAAGUAAGGGGAAGAGUGGCAGCGAGGCGUUUGCAGAUACAACGGAAACUCGAGAUGCUGCGGAAGGUGACACUAGUGGUGCUACUGAUAAAAGCAUUGCGGAGGAUGUCAAGGUUGGUGUGAGCCAUGGACUAGAGUGUGCGGCAGAUGAGAAUGCGGCCAUAGGCGAGAGAGCAGCUACAGAGGGUAAUUCAAUUGUCGAUGAGGAAAGUGCGGUGCACAAUCAGGGAUGGGCUGAUAGCGCGAAUACUGACGACGGCUGGGGCCAAACCGACACUUGGGACGAGAUGGAAGGUACAGGUGCACCCGGUGUUGGAGGUGAGAAGGCUGAAGUGACGCCUGAGGGUGUUAUGUGUGACGCGAGUCUAGACGAUACUCUACACUACACGGGCGGAGAUGAGAGUGUAGUUGAGACUGAAGGUAUGGGUAGGGAUGAUCAAGGGCAGGAAAUGGCCCAAGAGCAAGAUCUGGAGCAACGUUAUGAUCAAAAUCAAGAGCAAGGCAUGCGUGAUGGUGUGGAGGUGGAGGCGCAAGACAACACAGUAGAAAAUGCUCGUGCUCGUGCUCAGACAACGGCAGCAGAAAGCACGCCUGCGGAUGCUGUGACUCGAGAUGUGGCGGAGAAUGUCACCGCAAAUGAGCACAGCGAGAAGUUGAGCAAUGAGACGAAUACCGACACGAUCAACACCGCGGUAGAGAGAGCAGUCGAGUCCUUGACUGACAAGGAGGUUGCUACAGAGGACGCCUGGGACAAUGGCAUGGAAGGCUGGGAGCAAGCGGGAGAACAUCAUGAAGCAACCGAUACUGCGAGGACAGGCGAAGAGGCGGAGCUCACAGAAUCAAUCGCAGCUGACGAUGGCUGGGCACAGGACGACAGCGCGUGGGAUACAGCCGAAUCGUUUGAGCCGAUCCAAGAAGUCAGUGAGACAGUUGAACAAGACACCUGGACGGGCGGGGACAUCGCGCCGCUGAGUGAACUGCCAACAGUCGUGGAUGCGGUAGAGCGUGAGGAGCAGUCGGCAGUACUUCAUGGUGAGGUGGAUGCAGGGGAUGUGGGUGUAGCAGCUGAGAGUGGGGGUGUGAAUGAGGGGGUGGCAGAUCCUCAAGCGGAUAUGGUUGAAGUAGAUAGCCUGGCUGUUGAAGGCUCAGAAGGCAUUGCUGGCACGCAUGGAGACGAUGCGACGGGUCACGAACAUGAAGAACAUCACGAGGGUGUACCUGGAGAUGGGGACGCAUUUGGCCAGAGUGAGAGUGAGCCUGUAGAUGGAGUGGAGGUGAGCGAUGGAUUGGACGCAGUCGAUGCGCAGCAAAUGGAGGCUGUGCAUGAUACUGGCCAAUACCCCGAAGGAGAGCAACGUGUUGGAAAGGACGAGGAGUAUGAGACGUGCAAUGAACAGAACACUUCCUCGCAGAAUGGAGAGAGUUUGGAAGGCGUGCACUUGGAAUCCCAAAUCGAGGCCACAGGAGAGCUUGGUGAAACUGUGGGGGCAGAGAAGCAUGUGGCUGGGCAAGAAGGGCACGCUCAGGUAGAGGCAGAGGCAGAGUACGAAGAAGCAGAGCCCGUCGAAUAUACAGACGAGCUUGUAGGGGAACGAAGCCAUCAAGAUUUCGAAGACAAGGGUCAACAUGUCGAGGGACACGGAGAAUAUGAGGAAGGGCAAGAGCUGUACGCAGCAGAAAGUGCGAAGAAUGUAGACGGCCAGGAAGAGUACUGCCAGGAGCAAGGUGAGCUCACAGAGGAGCAAGGAGCAUAUGCAGUGGAGGGACACGGUGACUACGCGGAUGCGUACGACGAACGUGGGGGGGGUGAGGGAGAGUAUGCAGAAAAGCACGGUGAGCAUGCAGAAGAGCAAGGUGAGUAUGCAGAAGAGCAAGGUGAAUAUGUGGAUGAGCACGGCGAGCAUGCAGGAGAGCAAGGUGAAUAUGCAGAAGAGCAAGGCGAGUAUGCAGAAGAGCAAGGUGGGUAUGCAGAAGCGCAAGGCGAGUAUGCAGAAGAACAAGGUGAAUAUGCAGAAGAGCAAGGUGAGUAUGCAGAAGUGCAGGCGGAAGACAUAGCGGAAGUGGGAGCUCAAGUAGAUGGCGUAGAGAGUGUUCAUUUCGCCGACAAUGCGACGCAUGUCCAAUACGCUGAGGAUGCCUGUACGGAAUACACCGACGAAAGCUACCACGAGUAUGUGGAUGAACAGGGUCAGCGCAGUCACGUGGACAGCGAAAGCGUUGGGUACGACGAGGGUCCCACCGCCUCGCUUGAGGUCCAUGCAGUGAACAGUGUCGUGUCCAGCGGAGGUGAUGCCACCGAUCCGCGUGAGCAACAAGUGCUACACCUGAGCAUGGAGGUGAGUGAAUUGCAAGACCAGAACCAGCAGUUGGAGGACACCAACGCACAGCUCAUGGCCAAGAUAAACGAGUUAUCGGGCACUAUAUAUGAGCUGCGAGAGAGCAACAACAGUCUGCAAACAGAGUACAACAAGGCGGAGAAGGCUCGAAAGCAGGCCGCUAAGAGUGCAAGGGGAACGGCCGAGUUGGAAGCACUGAUGGCUGAGAAGGAUGAAGAGAUCGAGGGUCUGCUCGGAGAGGGCACAAAGCUUUCCCAGCAGAUGCAUGUCAAGGAUACGGCGAUCAAGAAGCUGCGAGAGAAGAACAAAGAAUUGGAAACUCACUUGGGCAAAUCACAGAAGUCCAUGGACGAGAAAGACGCCUAUCUGGCCAAGACUACACUGGAGAAGAACUCUGCCACCGAGCAACUAGCGGCCAGUGUUGCCAGGGCAAGCCAACUGGAGAAGGAGAUGGGGCCCCUGAAGCACGAACUACACACGGCCAAACAGAACUUAGAGAGUAGUGAGAGGAUUAUCCAGAACCUGAACGACAAAGUAGAGGCAUUCAGGAUAGAGGUCGAUAACGUCAGACGGGAAGGCGAGGACCGGGUGCGCACCAUUGAGGAGAAAGUGAUGACGGAACAGAUGGGCGUGAGUGAAGACGUGACCGCCAGGUACGAGAAGCAGAUAGAGACGGGUAAAGAGGCCAUCGAACUACUGCGAGCACAGAUUGAAACACUGGAAUCAGCCCACAGUGCGAAGGAAGACGAAUGGGAGGAUGUACAUAGACGUACCGUGAUGGAGGCGGAGGAGCUCAGAGAGCAGUUGCAGGAGCAGGAGAGCCGAGUGGAGGACCUCACGAACGAGCUCGUGGUCAGUGCCGCGCCGUUGAAUAAACAGAUUGAGUCCCUGCGCGCAUCGCUGGCCGAGCACCAGGAGGAACUGCAUAUGGUUGAACGCAGCUAUACUGAACGUCUUGGCGAAGCAGACGCGAAGCUCAGCGAAGCCAUUCAAAACGAGGACAACUAUGCGCGUCGGAUGGACGAGGCCAGUGAGAACGUGGCACACCUCACGAGCGUGCUAACGGAUGAGAGGGAGCAGCAUGAGCUGAAGCUCAACAAAGCGGUUGCCAAGCAACGGGAACUGCAGAGCGAGCUCGAUCUGGAGAAGGAACGUGCGAAUGCUGAGAUUACUCGGCUGGAGAAUGAGAAACUCAAACAGGUGUCGCUAUCAGAGCACCGUAUGGAAGAGUCGUUGUCGCGCGUGGAAGAGCUUGAGAAACAGAACAGCGCGUGCACCGCACAGAUUGGCGAAUUGAAGACUGAGUUGGCGCAGAUGGAAGAAGAGUUGCGCCACUAUGCGCACAGGGGGUCGCCUACAACGAGUCCAAUGGAGCGCGCCCAAUCGCUGCGACGAGAAAUCAGUGCGGACGGUUCGCACUUGUCUUCGUCGUCGAUUAAGGUACACUCAACAGGGGACGAACUGGGGCGACUCAAUACGGACACACUCAGCAAUUGGGAGCAGUUGAAAGGGGCACUGCACCAGCGCGAACGGGAAGUCGUCAGUUUACAGAGGCAAAUACAGGAAGAGACCAAUCUACGAGUGUCUAUGGAAGAGGAAGUUACCGCACUCGUGGCCGAAAUUGAAGAGCUGCAAGUAUUCAAGGGUAAAGUGGAUGAACUGCAGACGGCAUAUGAAGCCAUGAAUCAGAAAUACGAGGUGAUGCUCCAAAUGUAUGGGCAAAAGGCGGAAGAGGCCGAAGAAGCACGCUUGGAUUUGCUAGAUAUUAAGGAAAUGUACAAGGAUCAAACAAAUCACUUGAUCAUGCAAAUCAGUGAUCUGGAAACUAAGGUUGCAUCGGCACGAUGA